UUGCUGUUCCGGGUUAUACCAUAGUUUGUUGACAAUGAAUUCAAUAGCCAUAACUCCUAAACCAUACUAGAUCUAUAUCUACUAGGUCUAGUCACUAUAACUAAAGAUCUAGAUUCUAACAUUACUUGGAUGAUAUCUUGAAUUUGUUGAGAAUGCUUAAUAAAAUUUAAUAUUUGAAUAACAGAUCUCAAUAUUUCAAAUAAAAAAUGUCACAUCCCACAAGUCAAACUGGUGGUUCAUUGCAAGCCUCACAGUCACAGAAUAUAGGAACUGAUAUUGUCAAAUUUCCAUGGCGGCGAGAAUCAAGUCAAGAUAUUGUUAUCGUGGGAGUUAACAAGGAGUCUAAACCUGGGGAGUUUAUUUUGCAGAAUUUGUUUUUGGAAUUUUGUCGAGUGACAGAGAGGCGAAUAGAAAUCGUUUUAGCAGAACCACUUGAAAAACCAUUGUCCAAAUCACUUCAGCGAGGUGAGGAUCCUCAGUUUGACCAGGUACUUAGUGCUCUUGGCAAUGUGGCGGAACAUUGUCUUCCAUCCAUUCUGAAGACACUCUAUGCCUGGUACCAGCGUCAGAUGAAGGAGGACAGUCCUCUCCUUGACACCAGACAGAGACACAGGAGUAAAGGGAGCAAAGACUAUCUUUGUGAACGACGAGAUCUUGCUCUGGAGUUUGUCUAUUGUCUUGUCCUCAUAGAAGUUUUAUCCAAGCUGUCCUACCAUCCAGGCCAUGAGGAUCUUGUUGGUUAUCUCAUUGACCAGUGCUUCAGACAUUUUAAAUACAGGGAUGGACUGCAGUCCAAUCCGAAUGCACCAAACAUCAACAUCAUUGCUGACCUCUACGCUGAAGUUGUUGGUGUGUUAGCUAACUCAAGAUUUCUGGCUGUGCGCAAGAAGUUUAUGAAUGAGUUGAAGGAACUGAAGCUAAGAGACCCAACCCCCUACACAGCACAGAGUAUCAUCAGUCUGCUCAUGGGCUUGAAGUUUUUUAGAGUCAAAAUGCACCCAAUCGAAGAGUUUGAGCUGUGUGUACAGCUGCUGUUAGAGUUGGGGCACUACUUCCUAGAAGUCAAGGACAGAGACAUCAAGCAUGCUCUAGCUGGACUCUUUGUGGAGAUUUUACUUCCAGUGGCUGCUACUGUGAAAAAUGAAGUCAACAUACCUGUGUUGAAAAAGUUGGCAGAAGAUCUCUACUCUGUGACUGUCGACAUGGCAACCAGAAGGAAACAUACUUUGCAUCUAUUUCCUCUAGUCACAUGUUUGCUGUGUGUAAGUCAAAAACAGUUUUUCCUUAACAACUGGCACUACUUUCUGUCAAUGUGCCUGUCACAACUAAAAAACAGAGACGUGAAAAUGUCUCGUGUUGCCCUCGAGUCUCUCUACAGGCUACUCUGGGUUUAUAUGGUGCGCAUCAAGUGUGAGAGCAACACUGCAACUCAGAGCAGACUGCAGAGCAUUGUGAACAGUUUAUUCCCCAAAGGCUCUAGACUGGUUACCCCAAAAGAUAUGCCACUCAACAUUUUUGUAAAGAUCAUUCAGUUCAUUGCCAAGGAGAGAUUAGAUUUUGCAGUUAAAGACAUUAUAUUUGAUCUUCUUUGUGUGGGGAGAAAUAACCAGUUUCUGAAACCUGAGCGUAUGAGUAUAGGACUGCGUGCAUUCCUGGUUAUUGCUGACAGUCUUCAACAGAAAGAUGGGGAUCCACCUAUGCCUCAGUCAACAUCAACAUUACCGUCAGGGAGUACAGUGAGAGUGAAGAAAACGUUCCUCAACAAGAUGCUGUCUGACUCAACGGCUAAGUCUAUUGGUCUAGCUCCUUACUACCCCUACAUCCUCAAGACAUUUGACUCCAUUCUACGGGCGCUAGACCUACAGGUUGGACGCUCACUUCUUAUGACCAAAACAGAGAAUGCUAACAAGGAACCUGAAGAAAUGAUCACUGGAGACAGGAAGUCAAAGCUGGAUUUGUUUCGCACUUGCAUUGCUGCCAUUCCUCGACUUAUUCCCGAUGGGAUGACACCUCCCGAGCUAGUGGCUCUAGUCACUCGACUCAAUGUUCAUAUGGAUGAAGAGCUGAAAGGUUUGGCAUUCCAAGCACUCCAAAAUCUGAUGUCUGAGUCUCCAUCUUGGAGAGAACAAGUUAUUCAUGGUUUUGUUCAGUUCAUUCAGAAAGACAUUAGCGACACCAAGCCAGCUCUAGUGGACAAUACACUCCGACUUCUAUCUCAGUUGUUAAUUCAGUGGAAGUCAACCAUGACAACACCUGGACCUAAUCAGCAAGCUAUGAAGGAUCCGACCCACGGGCAUGCCAAUGUUGAUGUGCUCCAUGAAGUGGAAGGACUGUGUUUGGUCAUGAUGUGUAGCUGCCGUGUAGUCACCAGAAAACUGGCUCUGCAUCUCUUGCGAGAAGUCAGAAAUAUUUUCAACAUGUACACGGAUGAACAGUUUAACAUAAGUAGCCUGCUGGAGGUCACAGACAAAGCUUGUCCUGCUGUGCUGGAAAAACUGAUGCCACUCUUACCACCGUCUGAAAAACCGAUCCUCCUGACCCUACCCUCCGUAGACUUGGCCUGGGUCAUGGACAGGGCAGUCACCUUGUGGCUUCCAGCAGGUGGAGGAAGCAUGCAGGAUGGAAACCAGAUAAACUACAGCUUUCAUCGAGUGGACAUGUGGAUUCGCUGCGUGGCUGAGUUUGCUUCCCGGGAGCAUGCACAACACUCGUGCCCCCACGCAGUUAGUCAUGCCUGGCCAAUAGUGUUUACAAGGCUCAAUGCUUUAUUUCCCCUUGUGGAUCCAAGCAACCAGACAGAACAAACAAGAGGCUCCUCCAUAUUGCGGUCCAGUAAAAAAGGCACAUCAGAGAAAGAUGUCCACAUGCAGUUAUGGCAGAACUAUGUGAUACUUGCGUGCACCAUUGCCAUGCACAGUGCUGGAUUACCCCAAAGAUGCUCCUCUCCUGAACUAGGUGUGGCCUCCUCUCCUGAAUCAACCUCAGACAAGUCUCCCACUAUUCAGGCAUGCACUGCUUCAAAUUUAUUCCAACGGCUGGUCCCCUUGAUGAGAUGUGACAGCUCUGACUUGAGAGACACCAUUGUUAAUGGCUUAGGUUACUGCAACCCUGGAGUUUUUAAGGAUUUAGCCGAGGAAUUGCUUCCCUUUUUAAAAGAGGCCAUCGACAAAAAACAAGACAAUUUGAGACGCCGAAGAAAGAGAGACAUCCUGAGAGUACAGUUGGCGCACAUCUUUGAACUGAUGGCUGAAAAUAAAGCUUUUGCUCAGAAUGAGUCAGGCAUUAUUGACAUGGAGACAGGCUCACUGACCUCUAUGUUUGUGGAUUACAUUGAUGGAGCUCGCCAAUACUUAGAGGGGGAAAAUGACAGAGACUUGCCAAUACUGCAAGAAAUUAGACUGCACUUCAGUGGAUUUAUUCAACACUUAAUUUGUAAUACUCCAAUGGAGUACAGAAAAAACUUACUGUCCAGAGACCUGCGCUACAGUCUGUUUCAUUUGUUUGCCAAUUGGAGUGGUCAUUUUAACUUGCCUUAUGGACCAGGAGAAAAAAGACACAACAAAGAGGACAAAUGGAGUGAACAGGAGAUCUCAGCCGUCCGCGCCAUGUCAGCUGUUCUCUGCUGUGGGAAAGUCUUUGAUCCCAAUGGACUAAAUGAUGAUGGCUAUAUCUACCAUUGGCUGGACACAUUGCUGAGUUCCCAGGAUGAGAAAAUCUACGAGCUGGCUAAAGAAACUGUAUUUCUGCUGUUGGAUUUCAACUCAGAGACACAACUUUUGCUUGACUGGGUGAUAGACAGGUGUUAUACUGGUCACAAUGAAGUGGCAGAUGGAUGCUUCAAUGCACUGGCUGCAGUUUUCCAAACCAGGGAAUAUCCCUGUGACCAUGUAGCGAUGCUGAACUUGGCCGUCCUUAAUGUAGGAAGUCCUCGAAUGUCUACUCAUGAAACAGCCAUACAACUGUUACAUCUUCUGGACCUCAGAUUUUUCCAAGUAGCUCCGGUGUUUAGAGAUGCUAGCGAAGAAUCUAUUCCACCUCUCACUGCCCUAAAUGACACUUUGCUAGCUGUCUCCUACUGCAACUCCCAGAUUUUUAUAUCUGACCAACUUGCCAGGAUGCACACAGAUUUGACAAUGCCAAUGUUUUCAGAAAUAACUCAGAGAUUCCAUACGGCACGGCCAUCAGUCAGACAGACUUUGCUGAAAUACCUUCUUCCCUGGCUUCACAACAUGGAGCUGGUUGACCCUUCUCUCCCCCAGACAUCACCCUUGACCUCAUUUCUGACCAGGCUUAGCGACGCCCAAUCAGAAGUUUUUGUUCCGCCACUGAAGGGGGAGGGCUGGGGCUCAACCCAGGCCACUGAGAUGGUCCUGAAUAACUUAUUUUAUGUGACAGUAACAUUUGGAGAUGAACACCCACUGGAAAUUGAAGCCUUAUGGGCAGCGCUGGUCUCCUGUUGGCCGUCGAACCUUAAAGUCAUCAUCAGAUAUUUGGUUAUCAUCACCAACAUUGCAGCCACUGAUCUCUUGCCUUAUGCUAAAAGAGUUGUGACCUACCUUGGGAGAGCCAAACCUGAAAAACUUGUUGAUGAGCUAAUGAAUGAACUGCAGACUGUGGAGACUCUCAAUGUCAACAUAGAAAGAACACAGACUCCACCAUUUUAUCGGUUGUCCAGUAUUAAGAAAAUGGCUUCUGGAAAUAAUGCUGCCGAUGAUGAGAAGCAGGUCAGCCCACCCAUGGACUACCAGUUGGAGAAAGGAAUACUGCAUACAAAGCGACACAGUGCUAAUGAUGAUGUUCAACAUGAGAGCACUCCAAGGACUAAUUCAACAGCUUCCUUGAGAAGUAUCAACAGCAACAGUACAGGUUCUACAGCUGAACAGCCUGGAGAUGAUGAUGUGAUUGGUCCAGCGCCAUCCAGAAUUGGAGUAGAGAUGAGGAGGAGUGAAUCACCAGCACCCUACCCACUUCCCAUGCCAGCCUAUGGAGGAUAUUUUGCCCCCCUGAAUGAAUGUCUUCCAGAGAACUUCACUCCCACUCCUGGAUUUCACAGAAGUAACAUUGCUGUCAUGUUUCUUUGUGAUCUGGUUUUGGAUGGUAUGGAAGUGGACUGGUCACCUCACCUUCCUCUCAUGUUACACAUUAUAUUCCUGGGCUUGGAUCAUUCUAGAGCUCUAGUUUAUGAGCACUGCAAGAAAUUGCUGCAGAAUCUUCUGUUGCUGGCUGCCUCCCAGGAGCAAGUCUCUCAAACAACAUCACGUCUGCUGCUGUCAUACAGAAGCUCAGUGGCAGACACAUUGAAGGUCAUCUCAGAAGAUAGAGAUGCUCAGCUUACACUAGAAACCCCUUCCAGAGACCCUUACAUCCAGUACAUCACCAAGUCCACAUUCAGCAUUGAUAGCAGUGCCACUGUCACACCAGACAGCACCAGUGACUACACAGAUCCUGAGAUGCUCAAUACGGUUGAGGAAGUCAUCAGGGCCAUGCUCAAUUUUAUGGAGUCCAGGAAAGGGAGACCACUAUGGAGUUCAGAAGACAUUACACCAAAAAUGUUAAACACCCAGAGUGCCACUCACUUGGGCUACUUCCUGAAGUACACUGUGAAAUGUUUCAAAGAGCUAUCCCCCCUUGCCCUCCUAGAACAGAGGUGGUCUCUUGUGGCGCUACAGUUGGCCCUGUCCUGUUCAUCCCGCCACUACGCUGGUAGAUCAUUUCAGAUCCUGAGAGCCCUCCUGAUUCGUCCAUCCACCCAGAUGUUGUCAGACAUACUUUCUCGGCUUGUUGAGACCGUGGCUGAGCAAGGAGAAGACAUGCAAGGCUAUGUGACUGAGAUGAUGCUGACCCUAGAGGCUUCUAUCGAUAACCUUGACCUUGAGUUUAGACCUAUUGACUUUAUGAGAGAGCUCUUCAUGUCUACUCCCAACCUUGCUAAAGAUUUCGGAGACUCCCGAAGGAGCGCAAUCACUGCACCCAAACAUGCCCAGGCUCACCACGCUCGUAGCACCAGCUACACUGUCUCGGCCUAUACACAAAGAGCUUACGCUGGAGGGGGGUGCCCCAAGUGUGCAUACCAUGCCAGGCGCAGGAGAUUUUUGAAUGCAUCUAAGGGGGAUGGAAGAAUCCGAAGCUGUACCGAAGGUGAAAGUCGCAAGUCCAACCUGGCACGUUCCCGCUCGGCGCAGUCUUUGAAAAAUCUGGACCAGACUGGAACAGAAGAUAAACUAACUUUAGUCACACAGAUGUUCUGGAUCACUGUGUCCCUACUGGAAUCAGACUAUGAAUAUGAAUUUACAUUGGCUGUUAGGCUCUUAGAUAAAAUUCUCUGCCACCUUCAACCCGAGAGGCCGGAGUGUCGAGAUAAACUGGAUAAAGUGUUGAAUCAAAUCAAAUGGCCAAACUUCCCUGGGGUGUAUAUUCUUCUCAUGAAAGGCUGUACCUCCCACAUGGCUGCUGAAUCUACAUGGGCCUUACUCUCAAAGAUCAUCCUCUGUGUCAACUCUCCCAUCAUUGACCCUUCUGGACAUCUUGGCUUCCCAUUGAUUACUAUAGCAUUACUGCCAUAUCUGGUCCACAACUAUGAGAACCCUAGUCAGAUAUGUCGAGACGCUGCAGACCGCGUGGCUCAGAUGUGCAGUCAUCAGGGCGACCGGCUAACAAAUCUGGCCACUGUCAUGUCUCUCUAUAGUAGAGGCACUUUUGGCAAGGACAGUUUUCAGUGGACCAAGUGUGUGGUGAAAUAUUUGUUGGAUGUGUAUGCCUCUAGUGCCAUCAGCAUGGUCACAUUUUUGGUAGAGGUUCUAGAGAAAGGACAGCAACUCUAUCAGACAUCUUGUCUGCAGAUUCUUUACUGCAUGGUUCAUUACCUUGACAUUGCCUCAGCACCAAGUUCAUUUUUAAACCUUGAACUUUUUCAUUCAAUCAACAAGCAUGUGCAGACCAACAACUGGAGAGAGGCUCUGAAGAUCCUUAAACUUGCUGUCACCAGGUCUUCCACUCUAGCCACUCCACCACCAUCUGUUCAAUCCUCUGUCAUAUCCAACGACCUUACAGUGUUUCCUGCACACACAUCAUUUGCAGAAGCUGAAAGUUUAACCAAAUUUAGCAAGGAAUUGCCAGGUCGAACACUUGAUUUCACCAUAGACUUGUCCAGAACCCCCAUUAUUGGCCGCAAGUUUUUCUCACCCGACAACUUCAAACAGUCACCACCUGAUGACAAGGACAAGCCACCAUCAACCAGUGGCUCUGCUGUGUCACUGUCACGAAAACCUUCCAACAAUCAGGACAUCGACUCUGUGUGGCGACGUCCACAAGCUUCUCAGGCAAGAGUUCGAGAAAGACUGGUGAAUCUACUGACUUGCUUUGGCCAGCGUGUUGGUCUUCCCAAGAGUCCAUCUGACACAGUUAUCAAUAAGGUCAUAUUCAGCCAGUCUAGUGACACACUCGACCACCAGCCCAGUGUUGGAGGGUCCAGUGGGGAGGAGACGUCUAUCCCUGAGGCAUCAUCAAAUGACACUUUGAUAGGGAAUGAAAGCAGUGGCAAUGAAUUGAUGGUCACAUUUAAAGGUUUUGACUUCUUGGACAAUGAAUUGGAAGAAUCUGAGUCAGAAGAUUUCUUCUCUCAACUGGUGGACAGACGCCAUUCUCUUCACCUAGAGCCAUCCCCUACCACUUCAGGACGUCCUAACUUUGGCAGUGAGCCUAACCUCCAGAUGAUUAGCAGCAAUCUUAUAAAGAGGUCAUCUCCGCGGGACAGUGCCACAGAGGAGCCUUCGACAGAUGAUGAGUCUGAAAGCUCUGAACAGGAAACAAGUGCUGCGACAGCGACAGAUUCCAUUCCUGGGUCAUCGUCAAGACAAGAUAACUUCAUUGGUCGCUUACGGUCUAGUCCACUCACCACUUCAACGCAAAGUCUGGCCAGCAAUUCUCCAAGUGAAACAGAUACAGUGGAUCUCAAUUGUAGUCAAGCUUCCCCUGCAUUUUCUCAGCUGUCAACAUUUUUACCAAACCUUCAAGCUGAUGAGCUUGAAGAAGCCUGGAGAAAUCAUGUUGCUAAGGUUACUGUGGAGUGUUCAGUCAGUCAUGUUGGGAAAACGUGCCAGAUUUUUCCUAAACUUUUCAGAGAACUGCGCAAGCGUUUAACUACGAUGACAAAAGAAGCAUGUUAUUAUAUUUCAAAGUCUGAAAAUUUGAAGCCAGUUACAUCCCAAAUAGGUAAAGUGUUGGAGCUGGUCCACGAACAGUUGGAGUGUCCUUUCUUUUACUCAGAGUCUGACUCGAUGUUAGGCACCAGACUAGUGGACAGACACAGGUUCUGUGUGCUGGAGAUACAGGAAUGUUUCCAGAUUUACUCAGCUAAGAAAGACCAGGCUGAACAAAGUCUGGAGACUCUCAAAUCAAGUAUCAAACAACAGUCAUUGGGAGAUGGAGGCUCAUACAUUAUGGCAGGAGAGGAACAGCAACUAGAACUGUGCCAGAAGCUGUACAAACUCAUCUUCCAACUAGUUUUGCUCUUUGAGUCUUACCUAAAACUCCUGGAUGUUUUCCAAAUGGUCACAGCUUCACCACAGGUAUCUGAUGUCUCCAGCCAAGUGAUGUCCAUCAGGAAAGAGCUUCACAUUUCAUUACAAGAGCUGGACAAUGGUCAGGCAUCUCCUUUUAAUGUGGACACAAUUAGCAAACAGGAAGGUGUGAUAGCACUGGCUGAAUAUCUCCAGGGAGGUCAAUACUUGAAAGCUAUUCAGAUUUUAAGAUGUUUCAGGUCUUCCUGGCCCAACGAUGUAUUUGGUAUGACCACAGAGGAUGAUGUCAUGACUCUGCUCAAUAUUUACUGCAGCAGUUUGGCUGAGAAGAAACAAGGUUUAUUUGCUCUGACUAGAACAAGUUUGGAGCUGACCCCAUUGUACAGUCAGUUGAUGGACAUCAAUAUCAAACUUAGCUCCAGCUCUUUGAUCUCAGCCUCAGCUGCUGCAAUCAGCCUGGCAGCCACAACAUUGAUACUCUCAUCUCCAUCUUCACCUAGAGGAGCAGGUAGCAGUAGAGACAGUGGAGGCAGUGGAGAUGGUAGCUUAAGAACUAUAUCUGAAGAACAUCGACGGCUGGAGCUUCUCUUGAAGUCCUCUGAUUCCAGUAUAUUAUGACUAUAGAUGAAUGACUCCGAAAAGAAUUUGGAUUGAGCAAUAAUAGAGGCUGUUUUCAGAAUAAGACAAUUUUUGAAUGAAGUUUUUACCUCAAAACAUCCCCUCAGACUCUAUAUAUGAAUGAGCAGCUUUCUGUUUGAAUUCAACAUUUCUGUUGAAUUGGUGAGAGCAGUUUGGAACAAUAUUCAUCCAGAUUUAGAAAGUCUUAAAGGAUGAGUUUGUUCCAAACUAUUUUUGCAUUUGUUAAAUAAGUUGACAGAACAUGUGAAGAUUGAAUGCACCUGCUACAAGUUGCUUUCUGUUAAUAAACAACUGUCAUGUUCCUUAUUUUUAUAGUCAAAGUUAGUCUUAAGUCAUUUUUAUUCAAUUUUUGUUAAUAUGUUUUGAAUUCCAUAGAGAAUGCUCUCUUUGUGUAUGUGUGUGUUUGAUCAAAUCAAAUAGUUUUUAAAAAAAAACAACACAGCAGUUGUCCAGCAAAAACAAAUUACUUUUUCACUUAGUGGACUUAGUAAAGGAACAUUGUAAAAUUAAAGAAAAACAAGUUCUCGUGACUCUCAACAAAUUUGAUGCUGUUUAUCUCUGAAAUGUGGUACUAAUUUGACUAGCAUAGGUGAAGUGUGCUCAUUAAUCAAGUUUUGCCUGUCCAUGUCAUCAUGUAAGUUUAAAGCCAGAGAGAUAGCUCGUGAAGUUGAAAUUCUUAAUGAUUGAUUACUUGACCUCUUAUACUAGUAAAAAAGUAAAGUUCCCCCUUUCAGACCUUGUGGUCUAUAGGGCAGAUGGUGUAAAGAGUAUCUGAUUCUGUGGCCUGCGGUUAAUGAGGGUGUCAUGUGGCCAGCACAACGACCAACCGCCUUUACUUUUCCCCAACUAAUGUCAGGUACCCAUUAGAGCUGGGUGGACUCAGAGGCACCCGAAGAUCCCGAAAUUUAAAAUUCCAUUCUUCACCAGGAUUCAAAUGCCGGACCCUGGUUCAGAAGCCAAGCAUUUUACCACUCAGCCACCGCACCUCCUCCUCUUGUACUAAUACCAUCUAAAAGUUUUUAAUAUCAUUUCUACUUUUCCAAUCUAGUUACGAACCUAGUUCAUAAAAAGUAUUGAAUGAAAAAAAAAAGGAUAAAUGUGCUGAGACUUUGUUGGCCUUUGCAUCCUUUCAAAGAAGAAAAAGCUGGGGUUUUUUUUAUAGGUUUCUUUUUCAUUUAUUUUUAUUUUUUGAUGUUUUUCUUAUUUCCUGUGAGUAUUUAUUUGAUUUCUUUAAAAAAAAAUAUUUUCUGUUGAACUGUUUUACAUCUGUUGUCAUUACUUGAACACAAUACAAUUGGACAGUGUUUUGAACUGUUAUGUAAAGAUGAUACUCUUUGUUGUGAUUCGUUAUUUAUAGUAACACAGUCACAUGUGAAUCUCAAAUUGCUAACAAGAAAGUGAAUUAAAAUUCUGUAUCAUAGAUAUUUGCUGAAAAUCAAAUGUGCAUGAAUUGGACUUCUUGGAACUACAUAUGAAUACUUUGAAUUUGUUCAAAAUGUUUCUAUGGCUAAUUUGUUUUAUUUAUUAAUUUGUUUUUGUUGCUUUGUUUUUAAACUUUGAUUAGCUAAUAACUUGAUUUUAUUCAUUUUACCUCGCAAUACUGUGUAUUUCAUUAUUUGCUAAAAUUAAUCAUUUUAAUAUCAGGGUUUUCUGUUUUAACCACAUUCUGGGUUUGUUUGGAAUGCAUGUUUAUGUGAAGAAGAAAAAGAAAACUUUGCCAGCAAGGAACUAGAAGAAAACAAUUCUAGGGUUUUUUUUUUUGCUUUUAUAAUGGUAUCAAUUUAUCUUAUAAGAAUCAUUCUGUACGUGUCAGAUCUUAAGUAACACAUUAACAGGCCCUGGUGGAAAUCUUGACUUGAGUGUUUGAACAUCUCAUUCUCUGAAAACUUCAGAAUGUUUUACUUUCAUUUCACACCAUGUGAUGGUAGAAUUCUGUUGUAGCAAAGUACCUGGUGCCAGUACUUUAGGUCUGUGUACAUUGAUUCUACGAAACUUUAAAUCUUUUGGGGUUUUUGUUACCGUACACUUGACAUUCUUAAACAGAUUCUUACAUUCAGAUUGUUUUCAAGUUGCUGAAAAAUGUUUUCUCGCCCCCCCCCCCCCCAAUAAAACAUGAAUUUUUGUUCUUCAUUGAGAUCCUGACUGGUCCAGGGUAAGUGAAACACUUGAGCUCUUUGGGUUUCUCCAGAAUUUCUUAAUUCUAAGGCACCAUGUUCAUGUAAAUAGUUUGUUCACAAUGAACUGUUCUUAAAUUCUAACCCUGUGUGUUUAGUAAUCAUGUUUAUUUUUGUGUUCGGUCUGUAGUAACUACUAUGUGACUUAAGCAAACUAGUAUCUAGUGACACUUGUUGAGCAGUCUUGUUGCCCAUCCAUUCUGGCUUUGAAAUAUUAAAGUUGCUAACCUUUUCUUUGUACCAGUAUAUCUUGUGACCUAUUUUUAGUUCCAUCUUCUUGUUAAAUUUUCAUUUAUUCUGUUGGUUGUUGGCACCACCGAUGAUCUGCUAACUGUUCAUCUCCUUCCCUAUGUUAAGUAAAUUUCACCCAGCGUGAACCUGAUCCAUUCUUUUGAGCUGCCUUCCCAUCUCUUUUUUUUUGUGUCUUGUUUUUCUCUCUCUCUUUUUCUGGGCUCUAGGUCUCGCGUGACGUCUUUACAAGAGCCAAUCUUGAUUUGACUAUUUGUUCCUCUCACUAUCUCUAUUGUGGGAACUUGUAUUUCCAGCUCUGUCCAAGAUCCUUAGACACUAUAAAUAUCAGAGAUUUUCUUUAAAUAGCCAUAAAGCCAUAAUUUAAAUAGUCAGUAACCUAGAAACAUUCUUUAACUUGCAGCAAACUGGUAGCAACAGUUGCCCUAGAAGCAUAUAAAAUAGUCUUUGGUUUCAACAUCAAUAAAUUGCCAUUUCAGAUAGUGCACAAUAAGGUUAAGACUCAAAUGUGUCCAGAUAUAAUUAUUUUAAAUGUGUUAUUUUAAAUCUUGAUUACUUGACUAUACAUUCUGUGUGUUGAUGAUAUUGAUGUGUUUAUGUAUUCUGCCCUGUAAGUACAAUAUCUGUUUCUAGUGAUAUUUGUCUGCUCCGUUUAGCAGCACUGGAUUAAAAUUUUAAACUUGAUCACAAUUUUUUUUCAGAAGAGAUAUAGAGUUCAUUUUUUUUAAUUCAAAGGACCUGAAUGUAUACCACAGUUUGAAGAUUAUGUUAUCUUUAAUCAAAAUAAUGUCAAAAAGUCAGUAAAACUAUACAUCAGUAGGUUAACUAUUAGUUUGAGUAGCCUUUGCUGAGGGUCAAAGAAAAACUAUAACAUUUGGACUGUUGUUUUGCUUCUAGAAAAUUUGACAUGGCAUUCACUCUCCUAACUCUUUUGAGUUUGUCUUCCUUUCUUAAAAGUAUGUUAAAUCUGUUUCCUUUUAACCUUAUUUGUAUUAAUUAUUAAAGUAUGUUUCAUUGUAAUUAUAUUAUUUAUUACUUCAGUAAAUAAAAUAAUUAAUAAAGUGAA